GAGUCGGUGUGUUGUGGACUCGUGGUGCUGGCUGCCGCUGUUGAGGCGGCCUGGAACGGGCUGUGGGGAGCGGGCGGAGCUGGCCCUGCUUCUGCCUGGUCAGCGCCGCAGGCGGCGCGGGCCGUGCCCGCUGCCGUCAACUGCCCCAAGCGCCUGCUGAGGCCGAGGGAGACGUCGGGGCCUGCACCUGGAGAGAGCCUGCCGCGCUGGCCCGGAGGAGGGGGCGUUGCCAUGGCGACAGCCUCUCCGGCAGCUGACGGGGGGCGGGGGCGGCCCUGGGAAGGAGGGCUGGUCUCCUGGCCCCCUGCCCCUCCCCUUACGCUCCCUUGGACCUGGAUGGGCCCGAGCUGGGGGCAACACCCUGGGCAUUGGGGCUUUCCAGCUCUCACAGACCCUUCAGCGACUCCAGCUGCCAGUCUUGGCAUCUUCGAAGUAAGGAGAGUUUUAGAUGCCUCUGGAUGCUCAAUGCUAGCACCUUUACAGACUGGAGCAGCUCGAUUUUCUUCGUAUUUACUUUCAAGAGCAAGAAAAGUGCUGGGCUCCCACUUAUUUUCUCCCUGUGGUGUUCCGGAGUUCUGUUCCAUAUCCACCAGAAAGCUGGCGGCCCACGGCUUUGGCGCAUCAAUGGCGGCAAUGGUGCCCUUCCCUCCCCAGAGGUAUCACUACUUUUUAGUGCUGGACUUUGAGGCCACGUGCGACAAGCCACAGAUUCAUCCUCAGGAAAUCAUUGAAUUUCCCAUCCUGAAGUUAAAUGGCCGGACUAUGGAAAUCGAGUCUACCUUUCACAUGUAUGUCCAGCCUGUAGUCCACCCACAGCUUACCCCCUUCUGUACAGAGCUCACCGGGAUUAUUCAAGCCAUGGUGGAUGGCCAGCCAAGGCUGCAGCAAGUGCUGGAGAGGGUCGAUGAGUGGAUGGCGAAGGAAGGCCUCUUAGAUCCCAACGUCAAGUCGAUUUUUGUCACCUGCGGAGACUGGGACUUGAAAGUCAUGCUUCCAGGCCAGUGCCAUUAUUUAGGCUUGCCAGUGGCGGAUUACUUCAAGCAGUGGAUUAAUCUGAAAAAGGCUUACAGCUUCGCCAUGGGCUGCUGGCCCAAGAAUGGACUACUAGACAUGAACAAGGGUCUCAGCCUGCAACACAUAGGCCGGCCCCACAGCGGCAUUGAUGACUGCAAGAACAUUGCCAACAUCAUGAAGACAUUGGCAUACCGAGGCUUCAUCUUCAAGCAGACAUCAAAGCCCUUCUGAUUGGCAGAGGACGGGAUGGGGCAUGACAGGGUAGCUGCUUGGCCCAAACCAGAAUCCUCUCCCUCACCAGAGGGGAAAGGGAGAGUGGCACAGCUCUGCGCCCAGAGUGUCCCCCAGCUGCCCUGUGGGCUUGCGCCCUGGGGGAGGGCUUGGCCACUUGGCCCCUCUGGAGCAGACACUUUGUGCCCCACCCCCUCCCACUCCUCAGUCUCAGCCCAGUAUUAGCCCCUGCCAUUACGGGCCUGGGCUAGGGGGAACCCAGGUACUCACUGCCUUCUCCCUUGUACACAGGCUUCUGCUGGGACCACCAAGUCCCCCCUGUGCCCCCUCUCAUCCAUAGUGCAUGGUGUGUGGUGCCCCCGGGCUCCAGGACAGAACAGGCCCCACCUUGUGUCCACCCCCAUCCCUGCUGUGAACGUGCCACUGAAUAAAGUCGGGGAAACGAG